GUUCAGAGACGGUAAAUGACCAGGCCUGUUUUUGCGAUUUUGCAGGGAGGAUUGGUCUAUGGUUACUAUGGGAGAAAUGAGGACUUUGAGACACUGAAGAAGCAUAAUGUCCCUGUCCAAGGCAACAUUGUCAUUCUCCGAGUCGGCCGCAUUAGCUUUGCUGAGAAGGUAGCCUCAGCUGAGCAGUAUGGAGCGACUGGUGUUCUGAUCUAUCUUGACCCCAGUGACUAUCAGCAGGGAUUUAGACAACAGGAUUUCUACAGCAACAGCUGUCUCUCAGGACAUGUAAGUACACACCAGUGAACCCUGGCACCUCCCCACCUUCCAACCCCACCUGGAUUGAUUUCCAGGUCUCACACACACCCCCUCCCACCCCAUCCCCCCACCAAGGA